AUGGUCUUGUUGCUGGUACAUAGCGUGUGGUUCACCAAGGGUGGCUGGCAUGAGCUGCUGGACAAUCAGGCGUUCACAGCCACCCUCACUCUGAUUGGGCUGGGAAUGGAGGGCUUCGUCUUUGGCCUCUUCACCCUCAUCAUGACCUGCGACCAACUCUUCGCCAUCAUGAACCGAACCACCAAGAUUGAUCGCUUGCAGGGCAAGAGCAAAGCAAGCUCAUCAAGCUGGCGCGCUGGGUGGCAGCACGUCGAAGACAUGUUUGGUGGCCCCCUUUCCUAUCGAUGCGGAAACGCACGGCUUUUCUUCUCAAAGACAGAACGCAGCCACUACAGUGGCCGACUGGGUGUCAAAGUUCAACACAAGCAGCGGGAGGUGCAGCAUGGCGACCCCGAGCUAAACGUCUCAUACCACGACUUGCUCACUCCCAAGAUAAUUUGGUACCUGAGCCAAGCACAUCGCCCAUCUUUCAACGCGCUCUGCUUGAGCCUAGUGCACCAAGCACACUCGACGGCCGUCUACCAGCGUCAGCGCCGCAUCAUUAACGAUCAUGUCAAUGUGGAGGAGUUUACAGGCACCCCACUUUACAUCAAUGCUGACCGCGAUGGCAACCUUCUAUUUGACACGGCUGCCCGCUCCAACCCCAACUUUAUCCCAACCACCAGCGCACGCAGCAUUGAGCUAUUCAAUGUGACCAAUGCCAACGCUGGAACCAGCACAAGCUUGCUUGGUGAUGUCAUCGUGCGACAAAGCUGUCUUUUGGUCCUAGCAGACGCCCGUUGCACCACAACCAACUGCACCGCACUGACACACAACAGCGUCCCACAGAUUGUUUACUCUUGGGAUACAGUCUUCCAGCGAUUCCUGGAAGAAGGCCCCGGUGCAUCUGGUCCAUGGAGCAGCACCAACCCUGCAGAAGUAGCCAGCAGCUUUCGCCCUAUCCGAGGUCACGGUGUCACCUCCAUUUCACACAUUCAAGUUGACAAUGAGGAUUUAUUCUUGGUGAUUCAGGGCCGUGAGGAUGUGUCCAACGCUUCUGCAGAACCAGGCAAACAAUGCGCACAGCUGUGGCGCUACGACUCGACCGCUGGCUACGAAAUCUACCAUGACUGCCUCUGGGAAACCUAUCAGAGCCAGCAUGCCACGGCCUUUACGAUCGAUGGCCACCUCUUUGCACUACAGACCAACUAUGCGCAACGCAUUUUUGAUAACGGGGUGCUGGUAAACGAAACAUUUGACGUGCCGUCCUUUUUGGCCGUGUACAACGAUGCCACGUCCGACUCCACCGGCAAAGCCACUCCGCUUGGAUACUUCGAGGCCGGCGAUGUCUACGCCACCAACGGCGGCGUUCCCCCGAUCCAACAGGUCUUUGCUACCUCUGGCGCUACCCAUGCUCACCAUUUUACCUUCAACGGCAUCGACUAUCUGGCCAUCGUCAAUUCUGUCUCGACUACGUGCGCCAUGCCUGCUUCCAGCUGGACGGACAUGAUGGCUUGCUACAAUUUCAAUCAGAACGUCGAUAUCUAUCGAUACAAUCCGGGCAUCGCCGCUGCCAUUGGCUCUUUUCAGCUGAUUCAGCAGAUUCCGCUCCGCGGCCCAGUUCAUGCUCACAGUUUCAUUGUUGAUUCCCCCGGUCAACACACUCUCUUCCUGUGGAUUUCUUGCCACCUGGAUUCGACUUGGAAUACUCAGCCUUCAUACGUCUACAAGUGGAACGGUGCUCAAUUUGGCCGUCAUCAGGUCAUUCAGACCUCCUAUGCCCUUUCUGCCGAGAGCUUUGUCAUUGACAACCAGACGUUUGUCACUGUCAGCAACCAUGGCUGCCCUUUUUCCCGCCAUCCGCUGGACAUUGACAACUGCACCGACUAUGCCUCUGGCACCGUGACUGCCUACUCCUACAAUGUCCUGACUGACAACUUUGACUCGGUAUCCGAGGCUGAGUUUGGCUCCUUUCACCCGCGUGGUAUCGUCACCAGUGGCUCAACGGUCACGCGUCUUGGUGCCCCUGCCCGCCCUGUGAGCACACGGGCUCUUGUCUUGGCUGACUAUGGCAUUCUCACAGGCAUUGGAGAUAAUGUGACUUAUCUCUCCGUCGCCAACCACGAAGUGAUAGAAACUGAACUGAUCGGAACCUGCCCCAGCACAGACUACAGCAUCUGCUCGUCCCCGGAAAAUAUGUUCCUCGUUUCUGCCACUUCCACCCAGGGCAUCCAAUCUUCUGUCACCGAGCUGACCGCCAGCCAACAAGAUACGGACCUGUCUGUCGCCCAAAUUCAAAAUUUGUUGGAUGGUGGCACAACUUUGCUUGCCAGUCUUCGAGAGGAAGCUGCGUUUGGCACCAAGUUCUACGGUGCCUCGGAUGCUGUCACUUUUUCCAUUGAGGGCAAUGACUACUUGGUGGUCAGCUUUCACGAGUCGUACAUGAGUGCCGCCGAGUGCCCCUCCUUUUAUCAAAAUAUGGGCGCCGAGUACAAGUGUGGCCACUUGUCGACGCUGGAACAGAUUCCUAUGAUUUUUGCUUGUUUGACUUCCACCUUUCGUCACAUGUUUACGGAUACCAUCGUGUAUCGCAUUGCCACCACCGGGCUUGAAGAAGUGCAGCGGCUUCCAUCACUGUCUGUACGCGCCCUUGAAGUCUUUGAUGCCAACCCAGGGAAUGUGUCCGCAGGCAACGACAUGAGCCAGCCAGUACUGGUUGUGGGUAAUGCUGAGUCCUCUUGCGACACCAACCCACUCUCAGGUGCAUUGCACAGUGCUCAUCCGCUCUCGGGCCUUGCGGUUUACCAAUGGGACGCCAGUGCACAGCUCUUCAGCCUCACCGGCCGUGCCAACAGCACCUGCAAGGUCACCGCCUUGCACCACUUCUUUACUCAAUGCCAACCAGAUGAGGACGUUGCCCAGGGCACCUGCGGUUCUUUUAUUGCCGCGGGCGAGGAUUGUUACGCUUACAAUCAGCGUUUGACCGCGCACAACUAUACGGUGGCGCGUGUCCGCUUUUACAAGCUUGACAGCGACCUGGUUCCUGCCGCCUGUCAGUUGGUUGAUGACCCCCGUAGUGCUGCAAAUGGUGUCUCGCCUUGCCAGCAGGAGGCAGACGUUAUCCGCGCGGCGGCAACCCUUCCCGGUGAUCGUCAGACAUUUGAUUUUCCCGAUUUGCUGCCUUUUAACGCAAGUCUGGGUGGUGGAACUUUUGAAUACUCUCCACAGCUCCGUGCUGCUACCCCAUCGGCUAUUGACAUUGUCGUGCCCACAGCCGAGAUUGACCUCUACUACAGGAAUGAGAACGAUCUGACCAUCCCGAUCACCGAUCAGGAUGAUCGCAACGAGACCGUUUACUACGCCAAUGGCCGCAUAAAUCACGAACUAGUUAUGGUCGUAACCUUUAGCACUCGCGGUGCCACACCGCAAGUCUUUUCUCUCCCUGCUCUCUUUUCACGCUACUCAGCCUGCGCUCAGCAUGCCCAGCUGCCUGUCCGUCGGCAAUUCGAGCUCAACAGCGUUCUCACGGGUGUCGCUGCAGGCUUUGAUGUGACUCACUUUGUCAAGCAGAGUCUGUACGGCCAAGAUCAGUUGUUCCUGGUCUUGCCCGAGCUCUUCCCGCGCUCCAUUGUUGGUACGCGCGGUUUCACCUCCAGCCUACAUGUCAACCGUAUGUGUGACGAGUAUACGCUCUAUGAUGCGUCUCGCCUCGAUAUCAGCGGUGGCGCAUUCCAGCCCCCUGCGGACAUUCUUUCCGGUGAUGGUAUUGCUCUGCCCAGCACCGACACGCGCUGGUGCCCCUACUCCCUCAAUGAGAACCACUUUGAGGCCUAUGAAGCCUGGUUCAACCACUACAACCCCUUGUCAGGCUGCAAGAAUUAUGAGAAGGUGACGGAUGGCGCCUUUUUUGUCUACGAGCAAGACUACUACAACCGCAUGCCCCCCGCCUCAUUACGCACUCGCGCAGCCAGCUCAGCCACCAAUCGAUACGCCUAUGUGCGUGCCUCACCUGCGCGCAUCAGCGCGCAGCAGUACAGCCUGGCCGACUAUGCUGCCUUGCACGCAUCGCGAGACAACCCAUUUGUAUUUCUUCAAGACUUACCCACGUAUAAUGCCCGCUCUGCCGCGGUACAUGAGAUUUGCGGCCAAGGCGGCCAAUUGUGGUUGCAGUUUGCCAAUGAUGGUCUUGUUCAGUCCUCGACCACAUCUGUGCCCACCGCGAAGGAGAUUAUCUAUCAGUGGAACUCGCGCCGCGCCAUGAGUGCUGAUGGCGUGUGCUCAGAUGAAGCAGCACGGGCGGCAAUACAAGCCACAAACGGCUACCCACAUGAAGCCGCCCUCGGCUGCUUUGAUGCUGUUAGGCUACCAACCCCAGUCAACUAUGCCUACGCCAGUCGCAUCGCCAUCACAGAGCACGCCAAUGAACUGUUGUGGAUGACCAUUAACCGACGCUCCUCCACCAACGCCAUGAGUGACACAGCGACAGUCGGUAGCGGAGUGUCAAUGAGUGUCAUUGGUACUUCCUUGACCACCUAUGGCGGCUUGCAAUGCCGCGCAACCCAAGCGCAGCAGCAAACUGCGAACAUCGAUAUUGCAGAACUGGAGGCACGCUUCGUAACGCUAGACACAGACCAAACCGUCACGGGCAGCAAGACUUUUACGGCGAACAGCACAACAUUGCAAGAUGCCGUAAUCAACGGUUCGUUGCAAGUGCUUGAAGACCUUGCGGUCGAUAACAACGUCUAUGUGGAGGGUGCACUUGACACCUUGGGCCUAAUCAACAGCAUCUACUUGCCCGAAUUCGUUGCGCAAACCCGAGCUCUGCUCGAGGAUCACGAAGAUCUGCUGCAACAGCACGACCAGCGUUUGUGUGCUCUCGAAGCUGAAAUGGCCCUAAGUACUGAUGUUUGCUAUGGAGCUACAUUGACUAUGGGCUGCUUUGUGCGCGAAGAUUUGACCGAGUCGCAAUUGCGCCAGCUGACGACACAGCUGAGCGCGUAUCUCAACACAUCCUACCCGAGCCUUGUGUUUGGCACACCCCGCCUGAUGAGCAGUUCCAACGUGGCACGUGUCACCGUAUACACCAACGCUACUACUCCGCCGGUGGUCGACGCAUCGAGCUUCUUUGUGAAUGAGUACUGCCUGAGCUCUUAUACGCCACCCAGCCGCGAGGACUACAGUCUCAUCUCCAGCACACUAUUGUUCCAGUAUUUGAACUGCAGCCGCUUUGACCCUGCUGCGCGGUCGGCUCUGCGGACGGCAAUGGCCAUGGCCCUGAGUGCCUAUGGUGUGCCGUCUACAGAUGUCAUUCUAUCAAACAUCACCUGUGGCAGUGUUCAACUUGUGACUUAUGUCUACAUUCCCAGCGUCUUUCAAAGCGGUGCCGCGUCAGAGAUGGCAACAACAGGGUUUUGGACCGAUGUCUACAUGAACCUUGUCAGUCUGAAUGGGGCCACUUUCAUCAACGUGCCAGAAGCUCUCGUCGUCAACAACAUGUUGCUUGCGCCCCCUUCUGAUGAUGACGAUGAUGGCAGUGGUGGCAGCGGCGGACCGUGA